CUCACAAUACUCAACUUACAAUUAGAUCAGUAUGCGAAUCAAAAAUAGAUUUUUUUUUUAUGAAUUUGCAAGACAAAGGAUAAUUUCGUGUAAUGAAAGAUGUUUUUCUAGGUAAUUAAGAUCUGCGCGUCAGAAUUAACAGCAGAUUUUAUACUUGAUUGUCUACCUAUUAUCAUUCCUAAUGUUGGUGCAAUAGUACAAUUUUUGAAUCGUAUAAUAAUCAACGACAAACUGAGGAAUUUAUUCGAUCAAAUUAAAAUCGAUUGGGACAACGCGAGAUCUCAGAAUGAGAUUGAAAUUAUGCAAACAAAUGCCACACUCGCAAGAAUAACAACAAAAUGGUUUUUGCUUUAUAUGUUUGUAGGCAUAACGGUAUACAUGCUUAGCACAUUCAUCCCUCAAAUUCUUGAUGUAUUCCUACCGCUAAAUGAGUCACGUUCACGCGAGCAUCCGUUUCACGCCGAAUUCUUCCUCGAUGAUGAAAAAGAUUUUUACAUUAUCCGUAUCAUAAUGUAUUUCGGUAUCGUGUUCGUAUUGGGAGUAAUUCUUGCCAACGGGUCCAUAUUCGUCAUUUACAUGCAACACAUCAGUGGAAUGUUUACCAUACUGGGGUACGUUCUAUUACCGAAUAAAUAUAUGACACCGCAAGUAAUCUUUCUUAUCGAGAUUGAGAUAUAAUUCGCAAAUAUUUUUUGCAAUCUAAGGUUUGUGGAUAUCAUUCAAUCGUGUUACGGUUUGAGCCUCUUCAUCGAAUUUUUAAGUUUAAUGGUCCUGAUAGGCCUCACAUUGGUACAAGUGAGUGUUCCACAUUGAAUAUCUGAAUUAAUUAACGUAUCACUGUUGAGUGAAAUUAAUAAAUGGAAUUAAGUCGUGAUGAGAUCACGUUGCAAUAAAAAUUAAAUAACAAUAUAUAGCACAGCCAUUGUUAUAAAUAAUAAUAUAUAGCACAGCCAUUGCUUUAGGUUAUUAAAUUCUCCGGCACGUCGGACCGAUCAGUUAGAUCUGCAGCUUACAUUAGUGGACAAUUGAUUUAUAUGUUUAUAUACAGUUAUAUGGGUCAGCAAUUAAUUGACAAGAGCACACAAUUGUCCAUGAAGAUGUGAGUGUCAGCACAUAUAUCGCAAAUCGCAUACACAUGUACAUUAAUGGAUAAUUUUUUUUUGGGAGAUAAGUACUACUUUGUUGAAAAUUUGACAUAUGUAAACUUUUAGAUAUAACGCAAGAUGGUACAGGAUAUCCAUAUGGAAGCAAAAAAUGAUGCUAUAUAUUAUGUUGAAAUGUAUGAAUACAAUUACCAUUAACGCGUAUAACAUCUAUAUUCUAAGCUUAGAAAGUUUUUCGACGGUAAGCGAAAAUGAAUACCAAUAAUAAACUGAAAUCAUGAAAUUCUUCCUCUCCACGAUAACGAGGCGAAUUCUUGUUUCAAGAUCGUACAAUCGGCCGUGUCGGUUUGUAUGCUGCUGAGACGCGUGUGAAGCACUGUUUAUAAGCAAGUUGAAAAAUAGUGUUCUUGUGUGUAGUCAGUAUGAAAUUAUUGUACAAUACAUUUUUCCUAUGUCUUGA